AUGGGUUUUGCGAGCCUCGCCCUCAAGUCCUUCUCCUGGUUCCUCAGGAUUAUCGAGUUUUGCUCCGCGGCCAUCAUCCUCGGAAUCUUCUCCUAUUACCUCGCCGUCCUCGCAAACCAUGACCUGCACAUCGACACUUACCUCAGGGCCGUCGAAGGCAUUUCUGGCGCCGCCGUCCUGUACACACUCUUUGCUUUAGCCUUCGUCUUCUGCCUUGGAGGAGUCGCCUUCUUCUCUGCCAUCGGCAUGCUGCUCGACCUCGCUUUCACCGGCGCCUUCAUCUACAUCGCCUAUGCAACCCGACAUGGGAGUGAUUCCUGCACAGGCUUCGUCCAGACUCCUCUAGGGGACGGCGACACCAACACCGAGAACACCAUCCCGUCUGGAAAGAAUGGCUUCACACGUCUUCCAUCGCUGCACACCGCCUGCAAGCUGAACACCGCUUCCUUUGCCGUGUCUAUCGUUGGCGCCGUCUUCUUCUUCUUCUCGAUCUUCAUCGAGUUGGCCCUGAUCCGCCAACGGAGACGCGAGAAAGCCUUCAAGCCUUCUCCCAACCACGGCUAUACCGCCGGUCGUCCCAAGCGCAGGUUCUGGCAGCGCAGACCAAACCGUGAUAUGGAGUACAUGGCCGGAGGAUUGGCCGGGGAGAAACAUCCCGAUUCGCUGCCUGUACAUGCCGCUCCCACCGAUGUGAGGACAUCGUACGCAACCGACACCACCGCAGUUGGCCAGGAUCAACCCGUGUACAACAAGUAUGGCUACACGACUCCAGUCGGCCAGCAGACUGGAUAUACAAGACCGAACCCGUAUAAGAAUUAA